CCUCGUAUGAUCAAUGACAAAACGACCAGGUUCAAUGAACCACCACGCUACUAUUCCUACAGUCCUACUCCCCCAAGCAUGAGCGACGCCCCCUCCAAUUUAGUCAAUGACAUUGCUCCUUAAAAGUUAAAACCCUCCUUCUGCCUUAAAACCACUGCUGCAACCACCACUACCACCACCGAUCAUUAUGGCGUUCUCUGAGUUUAGGCCACUUGCUGAGAAAUCUUUGAUAGAGUACAUCAAGGCCACGCCUGUUUUAUACAACAAGCUUGGCAAUAAUUUCGAUGACUUGAAAAUCAAAGAAGUUGGAGAUGGGAAUCUCAAUUUCGUCUUCAUUGUUGUUGGCUCCGCUGGCUCUUUUGUCAUCAAGCAGGCCCUUCCUUACAUACGUUGUAUUGGAGAAUCAUGGCCCAUGACUAAGGAAAGAGCCUAUUUUGAGGCUGUGGCACUUAAAGCGCAUGGUCAGUUGUGCCCUGAACAUGUUCCUGAAGUUUAUCAUUUUGACCGAACUAUGUCUUUGAUUGGCAUGCGAUACCUGGAGCCUCCACAUAUUAUCCUAAGAAAAGGAUUAAUUGCUGGAAUUCAGUAUCCUCAUCUAGCAGAACAUAUUUCAGAUUACAUGUCAAAGACCCUUUUUUACACAUCCCUUUUGUAUCGUACCACCACUGAGCACAAACGUGAUGUUGCUGAGUUCUGUGGGAAUGUGGAGUUAUGCAGGCUUACAGAGCAAGUUGUUUUUUCUGACCCGUACAAAGUAUCUCAAUAUAACCACUGGACUUCCCCUUACCUUGAUCAAGAUGCUGAGGCUGUCCGUGAGGAUAAUGUUUUAAAGCUCGAAAUUGCUGAAUUAAAAUCAAAGUUCUGUGAAAGAGCCCAAGCCUUAAUACAUGGAGAUCUUCACACAGGUUCUGUCAUGGUUACUUCUAACUCGACUCAGGUUAUAGAUCCAGAAUUUGCAUUUUAUGGACCAAUGGGUUUUGAUGUGGGAGCUUUCAUUGGAAACUUGUUUUUGGCGUACUUUGCUCAAGAUGGCCAUGCUGAUUUAGUAGAUGACCGAAAAUCAUUUAAAGAAUGGGUUUUGAGGACGACUGAAGACACAUGGAAUCUUUUUCACAAAAAAUUCACAGCACUUUGGGACAAGCACAAGGAUGGACAUGGUGAGGCAUAUCUUCCAGCAAUUUAUAAUAACCCUGAGCUUCAGCAGCUUAUACAGGAAAAAUACAUGAAAGAUUUGUUCCAUGACACCCUUGGAUUUGGUGCAGCUAAAAUGAUAAGGAGAAUUGUCGGUGUUGCCCAUGUUGAGGAUUUUGAAUCAAUAAAAGAUGCUAGCAAACGAGCUGAAUGUGAGCGGCAGGCCCUCGAGUUUGCAAAACUACUCCUCAAAGAAAGGCGGCGAUUCCAGUCCAUCAAUGAAGUUGUGUCAGCUAUUCGGGCAUAAGUUCAUGACAAACUUUUGGCUCAUAAAUGCAGGUAUCGAGAAGGCGUAUGGCAUGAAACAUGUAUUACUGGAUAUAAAGAAGACUCUGAAGGAGAUUCUGAUCAGACUGAAGAUUCUGGAGGUUUUGAUUCCAAUGAAAAAUCUGCUGUUCAAGCUUUACCACUUACAAAAUGAUUAAACCAAUUACUGUAAAAUUAUCAGUCGGUAGUCAAAUUGUAGCUGAUUUUCUGGCAAAUUUCAUUUUUCUUCUUCUCUUGUUUUAACAUAUGUCCUUUUUAUUCAUGAGUUUAAAUUCAACCUUAUAUCUGUUAUCAAA